CUCACGCUUGUUCUCGUACACGUGUUGUUUUUUUCGUUGAUCCAUUUGACCUUUAAGUUAACACCCUUUACUAUAGGUAUUGAGAUUCAAGCAAGUGUGAGUACAUGACACUAAGGUUUUACGUGUCGGAGUUAAGAUUUAUUUAAAUAUACGUUUGUGUAUCCAAAAUCGCGAGCAACAUGCCACGCGGUGCUCGCGACUCUGACGAGGAAUCAGAACCCAGAAGCUCAACUGUUAGAAGAUCAACGAGAGUUCUGACUAGCGCGAGCGUCACAGAUUCGCCAGUUCGGAGGAGCACGAGGAUCAUCAACAAGCAGAUUUCCGACAACUCCUCGCCGGAUUCGGUUACCUCGGACGCCAGUACAGUCAUCGGGCGCACGCUUCGCAGUAGGCCUGCCGUCACGAGAAGCAUGAGGUCAAGAAAGACUUCGGCGUCCUCGGAUGUCAGUGAAAUUUAUGAAGUGGACGACAUCGCGCCAAGGAGGGUUAGCACUAGGAGAAGGAGUUCCCUAUCGCAGAACCCAGUUGCCACCCCAACGACCACCGCUAGAUCGCGUACUCUUAGAGCAGGUUCCGAGACAAAGUCCACACCUACGGUAACGAGGAAUAAAAAUGUAACCAGAGCCAGUUCACUUGAUUAUCAGGGUAACGAGUUGAUUGCGACCCCUGCAAGACGCCGAACUAGAGCUUCUAUUGUACCAGCUGAACCUACCGUCAAGGAGGAAGAACAAACUAAACUGUCUAAUAAAACUUUGGAAAAUACUGUUAUCCAAGAAGAUAGUGGUGAAUCUUCAAGUGAUGAAGAACCCGUUCACAGAUUAACAAAGACCACUAAGGAAGCAGAAAAAAAUACCAAAGCCGAUGAAGAAGAUUUCACUGAUUCGGAAAAGCCUUCGUUGAACUCGGCUAAAAAAUUGGAAAAAAGUUUGACCGAUAAAUCGAGCAGCUGUAAUGAAAAUAGUAAUGAGUCAACUACCAAAACAAUUGUCACGCAAACUAGUAAGAAAAAUGACGAGGAUAAUGCGACAUCUUCACCAGAAGAAAAAGAAGAGCGUCCUGUCGAUCAAGUGCCCGAAAAAAUCACACUGGCCAAGAAAACACCUGUGCAGGAACUGAAGAAAGACGCAGACAAGCUUAAAAGCAAGGUACCGGAGAGCGAUAAUGAGAACUCUGUGAAAGAAUUGUUCCGAGAUAUUCCGGCCGAUGAGUGGUCCGAUAAGUCUAAAGUGCAAAAUGGGGACAGAGAUACGGUUAAAAAAUCUUUCGUCCAGGAAAGCGAGGAAAAAUCAAAAAAUAAUCAAAGAAAUUCGUGUGGAAGAAAAUCACUGAGUCAAGAGAGCAAUGUCUCUAACGUGCCAAGUCCAAAAGCAAUUGAGUCGUUUUUAAAAAUGUCUCGUCAGUCACUGGAAAAAAAACAAAAUAACAGCAAUGAACUUGAUGAAAAUUACCAAGUGGAACAACACGAUGAUUCAAACAAUCAAGAGUUAGACAAGACCGUAGGAGAUAACGUUGUUGUUGAUGCCGGUAGCGAUGAUGAAAAUGAAGAUAAAUCUUGUCAAGAAGAAAAACCACUUGAACAGUCUGCUUCAAAAGAAUUACUGACCACAUUAAACUCUUCUGCAUCCUCCCAAAAAGGACGCAAAUCAUUGAAUAAGUCUUUGCAAGCUAGAAAGUCGUUAUCAGAACUUCAAGAUGUAGAAAGUGAAUCAGAUGAGUCUGUUUCGAAACAAUUGGCCACGUUAAAUUCUUCUAUUUCCUCCCAAAAAGGACGCAAAUCAUUAAACAAGUCUUUACAAGCUAGAAAGUCGUUAUCAGAACUUCAAGAUGUAGAAAGUGAAUCAGAUGAGUCUCCUUCAAAAGGACUAUUAGCUACAUUAAACUCUUCUGUUUCCUCCCUAAAAGACCGUAAAUCGUUAAACAAAUCUUUGCAAGCCAGAAAGUCGUUAUCAAAACUUGAUGAUGUAGAAAGUGAAUCAGAUGAGUCUCCUUCAAAACAACCAUUGGCAGCAUUAAACUCUUUCGCUUCCCCCAAAAAAGGACGUAAAUCAUUAAACAAGUCUUUACAAGCUAGAAAAUCGUUAUCAGACUCUAAAGUUCGAGAAAGUGAAUCAGAUGAAGUGUCUUCAUCCAUUAAUUUGAAUAUUUCUAAGUCAUCGUGCAAAGGGUCAUCUUCAAGUUUAUCUGUUAAGUCAAUGAAUACUUCAGCUGCUGAAAAAAUGGAAAUAGAUAAUGAAGAUAUUAAUGAAGAUGAUUGUAUAGAAACAAGUAAAAAAACAUUAAAUAUAAGUCAGUCAAACAAAUCAAUGAAUAAGAGUCUGGUUGGUCAAACAGUUUCAAAAAAUGUCAGUUUUUCAAAUAAAUCAUCGAUUGGUACAUCUCGAAAAUCAUUGGAUAAAAACAUGAUGGAAUCUUCUGAAGAUGAAAAUGAUCACAGCGACACUGAUGAUAAAAAGUUAAAAGACAAAUCAACAAGAAAGUCUAAUAAAGUGAUGACUCCAUUAUCUAUGAAGAAAGACAAAUCUUUGAGAGAAAUUGUUAACUCGCCCUUACAAAAGUAUACGAGAAUUUCGUUGAAUUGUUCUGUCUCAUCAAAAUCUGAUGUUGAUGUGUCAGAAGAAGAGCAAAAUACAGAAAAGGACGAAAAAGAAGAGAAAAUUGAUGAGUGUCUUAAUGUCUCCAAAAAAAGCUUUAAAUCUGCAAAAAAUACUCCAGUAAAGACUCCAGCCAAGUCAUCUCUCGAGGAAAGGGAUAAGUCGAUGUCCAAGCUUAGCCCCAAGAAAAUCGUUAAUAAGCAGAAAAAAGAAGAGGAACUCGAAACAUCCUUGAAAAAAAAUAUGGAGCGUAUGCGUUAUUUAAAUCCACCAAAACCAGACUCCAUCUCAGACCACCUCUCAACCAUAGCAUUCGAUGGCUCUGACUCUGAUGAUAACAAUGAUAUUUUAUUCCCAAGCGGAGACUCUGACGAUAGUGAGUCUAAUCAAUCAGAUAUGGAUAACUCGUCAAACGAAUCUGAUGACGAUGAAGAUGAGUCUGAUAACAGCAUUGACUCGGAUAUCGAUGCUGUGUACAAUCUUGGAGGUAAACGCAAUAAAAAGUACGAGGAUGAUGACGUACAUGGGGAUGAUUGCCACGCAUCUGAAGAGGAGUAUUCAGAUUCUGAAGAUAAUGGCUCUGAUCUUAAGGACUUUAUUACAUCUGAUAAUGAUAGUGAUGUGAUGAACGAUGUAAGCGACAAUGACGAGGUAGAUGUCGAAAGCACGGAUGAUGAAGACAAAGAAAAUCAAGAUGAGGAUGAAGAUGAGAAAGUUGAAAAGAUGGGUGCUCAUAAAUCCAAGUCCAAUAAGUACAAAUCUAAUCAAUUGGUGGAUGAUGAAGAUGAGAAGGAAAUCGAAGAAGAAAAGGUUGUUAAUAAAUCCAAUCAAGAAGAGGAGGAUAAGAAAAAAGAACUUGUAGAAAAGAUCGCUAAUAAAUUUAAAUCCAAGUUUAAUACAUCCAAAUUGAAUAAAACAAAAGAGGAAAUUAAAGAAGAGAAGAUUGCUAAUAAAUCUAAUGGAUCAGAAGAGAAUGAAGACGAGGGUGAGGUUGAAGAAGAGAAGGUCAGUAAUAAAUCGAAAUCCAAGUUGAAUAUUAGUGCAAACGAUUCAAAAUUGAUUGGAAAAAAUAAGAGCCAAAAUCAAUCUUUGAAUUUACACAACGAAAGUAAAAAAGAUGCAAAAGAUCAUAGUUUCAAUGACUCAAAAUCAAAAGACAAAUCGUCAAAUCCAUCUAAAUCGAUCAAAAUUAAAAGUAUCGUCAACUGCAGUUUACCUCAAAGUACGAGUGCCAAUGUAUCACUUUCCGAUAGCUCAAAAUCCAAUUUAUCAAUUGUAAAGAGAGCUGAGGAAGUUUUGAAGUCAAUAGCGGAAAAGAAGCGUGAAUCCUCACAUUCUUUGAAAAACACAAGCCAAAAUACAUCCGUGCAAACUCAAAAUUUCGAUGAAAGCUCUGAUGAUGAGAACAAAAUUGCUUUUGACGAUUCUAAAGCUGGUUUUGGCGAGAACGAAUAUCGCAUAAUUACUGUCAAACCAGAGCACAAACUAGAAAAGUUCAAUAAAAACAUAACUCUUGGCAUCGAGGCUAGCACUCCAUUACCGAAACGGACCGCAGAUGAUGAAAUUUCGCAACGCUGGCCGUGGUCGCAGUAUCAGCUGAGUCAAACAGCUCAAGCUAUUGAUAUUGAAACACCGACAACCAAAUAUUUAAAGAAAUCAAAAUUAAACGACUCCGUUCCUAUCUUGGAGUCGAUGAAAAACAGUGAUUUGGAUAAACAGGUGAAGUCAUCGAAAAGCCGAAAAGUCAAAAGCACUAGUCAAAUAAAUGAAGCAAAUAGGCAAGAAAAUGAAACAGAGCAAAUACCCGUAGAGGUACCAAAAUCCUCCAAAAAAUCGAAAAAGCGAAAGUUAGUUGAUGUAUCGCUCAGACAGUCACAUCUCGAAGACAGCAUUUUGAAGGAGCUGACCAAUAAAAAGAAACGAGCUCGUGUCGAAGAAAUCGUAGAACAGGAUGUCAGCCAUAAUACAUCUACCGAGUCAACAGAGCCCAAGAAAAAACAAAAGAAAAAGAAAAACGACCUAUCUGCCUGGGAAGAAACUUUGCAGGAUGAAGACCAGGAAAAAAAUGAAACUAUCGAAUCAACCGAGUCCGAUAAAAAGGAGAACAAGCAAGUCACCUUGGAAGACAGUUUGCAAAAAGAAGAUGCGAACAACGUUACUUCGGAAUCAACUGCGUCCAAAACAAAGAAGAAAAAGAAGAAGAAGAAGCAAGCUAGCUUAGAAUUGAGUUCUCAAAACGAAGACGAGAAAAAUGCAUCCGUUGAAUCUACAGGAUCUAGCCAGAAGGAGAACAAGCAGUCGGGAGUAAAUUUGCCAAAAGAAAAGGAGAAAAACGUAUCUGUUGAGCCUACGGAGUCCAAGAAAAAAAAGAAAAAGAACAAGAAAAAAAGUUUAUUGGACGAGAGCUCUCAGAGUGUGAGUGCAGCCGAUGAUACGGAAGCAGCUGGAAAAAAGAAAAAGAAGGCUAAGGCAGAAGUGGACGAAAUUCAGUUCCCUGAGGAACUCUAUGCCAUUUCAGCUUUUGCAGCAGCAAACCAAAAGAAGCAAAAGAAUAAGCCCGAAAAGAUUAAAGUAGAUAAAGAAUCGUUCAAAGGCGAGCAAAAGACGCAAGAAAACCUGGAAAAAGAAAUCGAGGCUGAACAACCGGACGAAGACACUUCGAUGAAGAAAAAGAAAAAGUCGAAGAAAACCGAAGUUCAGUUUGUUGAGGAACCUCCAGCCGUCGUGGCUGAUAUGGUAGAAAAGCAAAAGAAGAAAAAGAAAAAAUCCCUGGGUACUCAAGAAGCUGCAUCAAUGAAUCAAAAAGAGGCAGUUGUACCCAAAAAAAUACGUGAAAAGGACACAAAGCGUUUGUCAAAUGAGAAGUCCGACCAAGAAAACUUGGACAUCGAGAGCGUUCAACAGCGCCAGGAAUUACAGUCGAGCAGUGAGUCUCGGAAAUUGGAAAAGAAAUCCAAGAAGAGGAAGUUGGAAGUGUCUUGCGACGACGACGAAGCUCCGGAUGUUGAAACCUUUGACGAGGCUCGUCGUUCUGCUUUGAAAUCGUUGCAGCAGGUGGAGGAUAGCGUGAAGGCCCAAAAGGAGAAUCGUAAGAAAAAGCAGAGAGAGCAUGCUGAACGAAAGCUCGAGGAGAAAUCGAAAGCACAGGAGACUAAGAGUCUGGAAAGACUGCCCGUGGACGUGCUUGAGAAACUGACGGACAAGCCCCUUUCGCGAGCAGUCAAACGACAAAAGCUAUCGAAAAACACCGAGCGCAAAAUUAUGGAUAACACUCCUGUUAAAGUACCUCGCAACGUCCAGGUUAAUGAUGGUUUCAUUCCUCUGAGCUCGCAAGGUGGCACCACGCGAUUUGGCAUUGUUGAACUGAAUAAGGCUGCCAAAGUUAUCAAAACCAACGUCAAUGUUAUCAACUUUAGGGAGAAAAUGUUAUCACGGAACGUUAGGGAAGCAGCUGGCGCUUAUAUUAUUCACCAGCAAAAAGUAAAGGCCAAGAACAGUUUGUAAAAAAAAAAAAACAGUCCAAAUAGAUCAAUUCUAUUUUUAACUAAGGUAAUUAAGUUUUACGCGAUGUUGAAUGUCUAGAAGGGUGAAAUCUUUGGAACGUUUACAUUUAUAUAUAUUUUUUAUACGACGAAAAUCGAGAUGGUGCCAGUUAUCGUUAAAAUAAGCACUCCUUUGCCUUUGUACGAUAAAAAAUAAGGUGCAUUUCUGUUAACAACAAAGUCUGGUCUUAUUACGUAUGUUCCCAUUAUCUGUUGCUCUUUUUUUUUUUUUUUUAACUAAUUGACCUCAAGCCAAACUUAGUACUUGUUCAUUGUUUAUUUGUUUUUUUUUUUUUUUUUUUUUUUACAGAGUUAUUAGAUUAAUUGAUUAUAGUUAUCUCGAUGAAAGUACCACGUAAUGGUAAAGUAAUAUAUACUUAUUUUAUUUUUUACAAAAAAAAACUUCAGGUAUUUCUUGUUUCAUUUUAUUAUUCGUGCUUUUAAUAUAUAUAAAGAAAAAAAAGUUGAAAGAUGAAACAUUGUGGCACUGAUUCAUGAUGCACAAUUUGCGCUUUCCUAUCGUUAAGUUUAUUAUAUAAAGUUAACUCUGUACCAUUAAAAUGAAAUAAAAAUUUAGAUGC